AUGUGCACUUGGUCUGGCGAGCUUCCACACCAGCUGUACCGCGAACAACAAGACCCCCAUUGCGUAUCGGCGCAUGUGACAUCUCCACCGCAGCGUCCGUCGGUCGACGCCUUGAGCUUGGAAGUGGCGCCCGGUUUGGGUUUGUUCGGCGGCGUGGUGGUGGCACCGCCGCCGCCGCCGCCGCCGCCGGCCCCGCUUGACCUCGAAACCUCACGGUACCAAAACUCGGCAGGGUCACCCAUGCACUCGCCGACAGUCACGGGCUUCAAGCCUCUCCUGGCGGCGAGCUCGAGCAUGAACUGCCACGAUGUUGCCGCCGCCCGCCAGGCCGUCCUCGACCUGGCGCUCGGAGCGCUCCAUCUCGGUCUGGUAGCGCCAGUCGUCCGAGUCGACGUCCCACUUGACGACGUGGUAGCCGAGACGCCGCGUCUGCGCCAGGCAGUCGGCGUUGCAGCUGCCGUACGGCGGGCGCAGCACGUCGACAAAGGCCUCCUCGGCCCGCACGAUCUCGUCCCUCCGCGCGUUGGCGUCGAGCGUGGACAUGUCCUGGUGCGACCACGAGUGGUGCGCGAUCUGGUGGCCCUCGGUCAUCAUGCGCCGGACCAGGCUCCCCCACGGCUCGCUCUCGAGCGGCCACUGGCCGUUGUUGGCCGUGAUGAAGAAGGUCGCCUUGGCGUUGUGCUUCUUCAGAAGGUUCAGCACGUUCUCGGUGUGGAUGCUGGGUCCGUCGUCAAAGCCGGCCCUAACGUCGUACGCUGCCACGGCGCCGCAUAA